ACAAAUAGCCUAUCGUAUAUGUAACACGGCAUUAAAUUACUUAAUGUUUAUUUCUUUGCAUUUUAACUUUGUAAACUAUAAAAUAACGUGUCUCCUCAUGUUUUGUGUGUGGAACUAAUGUUUUAGUCUUGAGCUGGUCAGCUGACUGACAGUUGUUCUCCCGCUCUUUUCCUCCUGCUCUGCCAGCCACGCCCACUUCUCCCUCUGCUCUGCUCCACCCCCAUUUUGUAGCAUUUUUUGAAAACAUUCUGAGGUAGACUUGAACUGAAAGAGGAGGGUUUCAUUACCCCUUUAACGAAUACUUCUUAACUCUUCACGUUUCUUCAUUAUACCGGAAAUACAGGGCAAAGCCUACUGGUAUUCAACAGCGAUUUCAUAUCUAAACAGGCCUAAUGGAGGAGACACGCCAACAUGUGAAAAAGAGAGGGAAAACUCAAUUACUGAAAAGAGAAGAGAAACGCUCAGAUUUCUCCUGCGCUCAGUGUGGAAAGAGUCUGUCAUGCAAAAAAACUCUGAAUUAUCACAUGAGGAUCCACACUGGAGAGAAACCAUUCACAUGUUCUCAGUGUGGGGAGAGUUUCAGAUACUUAACAUCCCUUAAUAAACACAAGAGGACCCACACCGGAGAGACACCAUUCACCUGCACUCAGUGUGGCUCGAGUCUGAAUUGCAAACAGAGUCUGGAGAUGCACAUGAGGAUCCACACUGGAGAGAAACCGUUCACAUGUUCUCAGUGUGGGAAGAGUUUCAGUCAAGCCUCAUCCCGUAAUAGACACAUGAUCAUCCACAAUGGAGAGAAAACACACGAAUGUGACCAAUGUGGGAAAGCCUUUUUGAGGGCUUCAGAACUGAAGAUUCACCUUAGAGUUCAUACAAAGGAGAAAUCCUAUUCAUGCUCUGCGUGUCAAAAGAGUUUUAAACACCUCCACACUUUAAGAGUUCAUGAGAAGACCCACACUGGAGUGAGAGAGUUCAUGUGCUUUGAGUGUGAGAAGACCUUUAUUACAGCUAUAGCCUUGAAACUGCACAAGAGGACUCACACUGAAGAGAAACCCUAUAAUUGUGAACACUGUGACAAAAGAUUCAGACGGUUAGAUUCACUGAAAACACAUGAGAGGAUUCACACUGGAGAGAAACCUUAUAAAUGUUCACAAUGCGAUAAGAGAUUCAGUCAGUCAGAAACCCUUAAGUUACAUGAGAGGAUUCACACUGGAAAGAAACCUUACAAGUGUUUACUCUGCGGGAAAAGAUUCCGUCAUUUGGGAAGCUUGAAGAAACAUAAGAGGGUUCACACUGGAGAGAAACCGUACAAGUGUUCACACUGCGACAAAAGAUUCAGUCAGUCAGAAGGCCUGAAAAUACAUGAAAUGAUUCACAAUGAAGAGAAACCUUACAAGUGUUCACACUGCGACAAGAGAUUCAGACUGUUAGGAACCCUGAAAAGACAUGAGCGAGUUCACACUGGAGAAAAACCUUAUAAGUGUUCACAGUGCGACAAGAGAUUUAAUCACUUAGAAGGCCUGAAAUUACACAAGAGGAAUCACACUGGAGAUAAACCUUACAUGUGUUUCCACUGUGACAAGAGAUUCAGUCAUUCAGGACAUUUAAAAACACAUGAGAUGAGCCACACUGGAGAGAAACCUUACAAGUGUGGACACUGCGACAAGAGAUUCAUCCGGUCAGAACAUCUGAAAAUACAUGAGAGAAUUCACACUGGAGAGAAACCUUACAAGUGUUCACUCUGCGACAAGAGAUUCAGUUGCUCAGGAAGCCUGACAACACAUGAGAGGAUUCACACUGGAGAGAAACCCUACAAGUGUUCCCUCUGCGACAAGACUUUCAGUCAGUCAGGACAUCUGAAAUCACACGAGAGAUAUCACACUGGAGAGACCCACAAGUGUUCACACUGCAGAAAGGGAUUUAGGAAUUUAAGACCCCUGAAGUCACAUGAGAGGAUUCACACUAGUGAUAAACCAUUCACAUGUUCUGAGUGUGGGGAGAGUUUCAGAUACUUAUUAUCUCUUAAUAAACACAAGAGGACCCACACCGGAGAGACACCAUUCACCUGCACUCAGUGUGGCUCGAGUCUGAAUUGCAAACAGAAUCUGGAGAUGCACAUGAGGAUCCACACUGGAGAGAAACCGUUCACAUGUUCUCAAUGUGGGAAGAGUUUCAGUCAAGCCUCAACCCGUAAUAGACACAUGAUCAUCCACAAUGGAGAGAAAACACACGAAUGUGAUCAAUGUGGGAAAGCCUUUUUGAGGGCUUCAGAACUGAAGAUUCACCUUAGAGUUCAUACAAAGGAGAAAUCCUAUUCAUGCUCUGUGUGUCAAAAGAGUUUUAAACACCUCCACACUUUAAGACUUCAUGAGAAGACCCACACUGGAGUGAGAGAGUUCAUGUGCUUUGAGUGCGAGAAGACCUUUAUUACAGCUAUAGCCUUAAAACUGCACAAGAAGACUCACACUGAAGAGAAACCUUACACGUGUCAACACUGUGACAAGAGAUUCAAACUGCCAAACACCUUGAAAGCGCAUGAGAGAAUUCACACCGGAGAGAAACCGUACAUGUGUUCACACUGUGAUAAGAGAUUCAGUCAGUUAAGUUCACUGAAAUCACAUGAGAAGAUUCACACUGGAGAGAAACCUUACAAGUGUUUGCAGUGUGGAAAGAGAUUUAGUUGGUCGGUAAGCUUGAAAAUUCAUGAGAAGGUUCACACUGGAGAAAAACCUCACAAGUGUUUGCAGUGUGGAAAGAGAUUUAGUUGGUUGGUAAGCUUGAAAUCGCAUGAGAAAGUUCACACUGGAGAAAAACCUCACAAAUGUUUACUCUGUGGAAAGAGAUUCAGACGAUUAGGAAGCCUGAAAAUACACAAGAGGAUUCACACUGGAGAGAAACCGUUCAAGUGUUCACACUGCGACAAGAGAUUCAGUCACUUAGAAAGCCUGAAAUUACAUGAGAGGAUUCACACUGGAGAGAGACCUUACAUGUGUUUCCAGUGCAAGAAGACAUUCGGUAGGUUAGGACAACUGAAAAGACAUGAGAGGAUUCACACCGGAGAGAAACCGUACAAGUGCUCACACUGCGACAAGAGAUUCAGUCGAUCAGAAAGCCUGAAAAGACAUGAGAGGAUUCACACCGGAGAGAAACCGUACAAGUGCUCACACUGCGACAAGAGAUUCGGUCGAUCAGAAAACCUGAAAAAACACGAGAGGAUUCACACCGGAGAGAAACCUUACAUGUGUUUCCAGUGCAACAAGAGAUUCAGCCAGGCAUGGCAUCUGAAAAAACAUGAGGCGAUUCACACUGGAGAGAAACCUAACUAGUGUUCACAUUGCAACAAGAGCUUCAAUCAGUUACAAACUCUGCAAAAUGGAGAGAAAGCGUUCACAUGUGAUCAGCAUCUGAAGAGUUUCACCUCCACAACUUCAAACAUUGGGUUAAAUUAGGCUCUCUAGUCUCCGUGUUCAGUUCAUUUCUUCCACUGUAUCUGUUCACCUCCGGAAACGGAACCAACCCAUUCCAGAUCAAAUCGACAGUUUGGCUGGUUCUGCACACACCUCACAAAUUCAAAGUGACAACAUCCCAAACUUUAUUUGACAUUUUCUAAGAAGGAUCAGAGCUUAGGUCCUGCUCAGCUCAUAAAUUCCUCUCACAAAGAACAAACCACAACCAUGCAAGCAGAAACAGUUUCAAGACAUCUUCUAUCGAUGGGGGAAAACAUGUACAAGCUACACUACAAAAGCACAAAUGGCACCAUCUUUAAGCCAGGAGUACACACAGUGCGAUUUCUGCUGUUGAACAAGCUUAUAUAUGAUUUCUUACCACGGCAGAAGUCAUGGAUAUCAUUGACGCUCAUACGGUCAUGUCUCGUAACGCAUGAAUGGAACUUUAGAGCAGAGCUGAACAGUUAAAAGUUUGGUUAUAUGAGUCGAUCCGUCAAUCUAUCUGGAGUUUAAUCACAUGUCAAAGAAGGAGGAGUUCCAGACACCCACACCAAUUACGUGAUUGACAUGGACCAAUGGCAGCCCAAAUGUGUUUAGGAGCCAAAACAAUCUCGACCAAAAAGUUGUGAGCUGUUUCAAACUGGUGAAACCGUCUCAAAGCAAUUUCAUUAAGCAUGACAUCAUUUCAGUUCGUUCUUCCAUUUCCGUUUAAGCAAUUUCUUUUGCAGGCAAUACAACAAAUAUUAUUUAAUGUGUUCCUCAUGAUUUUUAGUGUUUUUAGGGAUUUUUUUUGGUUCUUGCAACACAUUUAAAAAAAAAAAGUUGGAACAGUAAAGCAUUUAUCAAUUUGUAAUGUUUCUAUUCCUUUUAACAACACUUAAAAUACAUUUAGGGACUGAAGACACCAAGUGAUGAAGUGUUUCAGCUGUAAUUUUGUCCUAUUUUUCCUGCAAACAAGUCUUAAGGUGGGCUACGGUACAGGGUCUUCAUUGUAACAUUUUGCUCUUCAAAAUGCGCCACACAUUCUCUAUUAGAAACUGGUCGGGACUGCAGGUAGGCCAGUCAAGUAUCUGAAACCUCUUCCUCUGCAGCCAAGACUUUGUAAUGUGUGCAGAAUGUAGUUCCCUGAAAAAGAAGGCAGCAUAUUGCUCCAAAAUCUCCAUGUACUUUUCAGCACUAAUGGUGCCAUCACAGAAGUGCAGGUUACCUUUGCCAAGGGCACUGACAAAACCCCAUACAAUGACAGACCCUGGCUUUUGGACUUGCUGGUAACAGUCUGGAUGAUCAUUUUCUUCUUUGGGUCAGAGUCCACAGCAUACAUUUCUCCCAAAAAAAUACCUAAAAAUACUGAUUCUUCAGACCACAGUACAUGUUUCCACUGUGUGAUUGUGCAUCCCAGAUGCCUCCGAGCCAAGAGAAGUUGACUGCGCUUCUGGACACUGUUAACAUAGGGCUUCCUUUUGGCCCAGUACAGUUUUGACUGGCAUUUGUGCAUGUAACUACAUAUUGUGGUACUUGACAACGGUUUGCCGCAGUAGUCCUGAGUCCAUGUGGUGAUCUCGCUUAUAGAUGAAUGAGGAUUCUUGAUGCAGUGCAGCCUGAGGGAUCGAAGAUUGCAGUUGUUUAGCUCAGGCUUGCACCCUUUACGUACUGAAAUUCCUCCAGAUUUCUUAAAUCUUUUAAUGAUGUUCUGCACUGUUGAAGGUGAAAUAUCCAAAUUUCCUCUUCUCUUUCUUUUGAGGAACAUUGUUUUUUAACAUUUCAAUCAUUUUCUCAGGUAUUUGUUGUCAAACUGGUGAUCCUCUGUCCAUCUUUGCUCUUAAAGGACUAGACCUCUCUUGAAUGCCGUUUUUGUACCAAAUCAUAAUUACAAUCACCUGUUGACAUCACCUAUUUUAAAUCACAUCAAUAUUUAACCAAUUUACCUGAUUACCAGCCCUAAGUUCCUCCUGUUCCAACUUUUUUUGAAAUGUGUUGCAAGAACCAAAAUUGUAAUAUGUGUUUAUGAAAAAGAAAUCAUGAAGAACACAUUAAAUUAUGUUUGUUGUAUUGCCUGCAAUGAAAUACAAGUCAACGUAAUUUUAGAAAUCGCAAAAUUUUUAUCUGCCUCACUAUACUGUCUCAACCUUUUCUGAUUUUGGGUUAUACAUAACAUGUCUUAGCCAUGUUUAGUGAGCUAAUUGCGUUUUCUAGUGGACAAUCAGAGCUCUUAUCUUACUAUUAUCGCUCUUAUUAUUUGAGCCCUUUAUUUAGAAAAGCCUUAAGGGCAUCAUACACAGGAUGCAUCGCUCGGCAACGAGUCAUGCAUUUGAAAAUUCUAAACAAAGGUUUCUAUCAGGGUACACACACCGGCGCCGCAAGUCAGCGGCUGUUUGCGGUGCCCAGCUUUGACUCGGGAGACUCUUUAUAUUACUGCCGCCCCAAAGAGCGCUAUCUGAUUUGUUUCAUUUUAAAUAGCGUGCAAAUUUGCGCGUCUGGUGUGCGAUACUUCUAACUGUCAUGUGCGGACCGUGUCGUGACGCAUCCCAUGUGCGACCUGCAUUAGGGGCUGUUCACAUAUCUUUGCAUACGCAAGUUCGUUAUUUCUAAUAGAGGUGUGCUGCUUGCAGAUUCCAGGCGCACCUAGUUAAAAGCAUCGCCACUUUUCAAAAUUCCAAUGGUGCACUGCAAGCCAUGUGACAAGAACGACCAAUCAGAUUCAUACUUUGAAUGCAAUAUACACAUUUCAAUAGAUUAAUUACCUCAGUCAAACACAGAAAACCCAAACAUCACAGUGCUUUUACAUUUUCUCCAUGAAUAAAUCUUGUUUUAUAAUCCUCUGAGAUAACAGUUGAUGGUCGCAAAUCGCUUUUCACACGCUUUUAAAUGUGAUAUGUGAGCGGCCCCUUGGCCUUUUUUCUUUAUUUUUAUUUUUAGGAGUGAUCAAUUAUAUAAAAUUAAGAGAUUUAAAUGUCAUGUUAUGCUUAUCUUUUGCUUUAUUAUUAUUUAGUGAAAUAUUUAAUCCUGGUGCAUUUGUGAGAGUUUUCUACAGUGUAAUGGAUUAAUUUUAUCAGUUAUCAAUGAAUGGUAAAAUUUAGGAAAUUGUGGAGCAGGAAAUUAUAUUACUAUUACUUUUCUCUACUUAUGAAACUUUGUGCGUGCCUUUUUAUACAGAAUUGCUUUGUAGCACAAGUUUAUUAUAGUAGCUCCAUAUUCUGUUGUAAAUGUGUUUUUCAAUUUGGCUUGUGUGGAAAUUACUGCUGUUAACCAACCUAAAUGUAACCUCAUUUCUAUCAUUGGUAGAAUAAAUUUGGUACUAAAUGUUUGCUAUUUUAGGUUAGUUAGAAUUACCUAAAUGAUUUGCUAAAUGUCAGAAUAAUACGAGAAUUUUAUUAGUUCCUAGACAGUCGAAAGUUUAAACACAUUUCCUUGGUAUUUUUUUUAGCUUUGCUAUAAAACUAUAUAACUUUGGUCAAAUG